CGUGUCACCCAGCUGAUCUGCUGCCGUAGAGAGUUCCAGAACACUCCAGAGGAGGACGACGAGACCUCAACCACCCGCCCUGAUCUCCACCCCGAUCUCCACCCUGAUCUCCACCCCGAUCUCCACCCCGACCUCCACCCCGACCUCCACCCCGACCUCCACCUCCACCGUGACCCCCCCCAGCUCCAUGGCUGGCUCCCCCCUCAGCAUUCGGAGGGCUAUGGGGGACCUGGCAGGGCCCAGCUACACCCUGUAUCAGCCUCCUGUAGGCCUCCCAGCCGGGUACAGCCAGCCUACCCCGUUCCCCAGUCAGGCUUAUGGCUCCUGGCUUCACCCCAGCUACACCAGCGUCUGGUCUGGCCCUGGACCUGCUUACCCCAGCAGCCUGCCCUCCUGCCUCACCCCCCCAGACUACCCCAGCUACCCAGGGGAGAGCUGCUACUCCCAGGGAAGGUCCCUGUCCCUCCCCCCCCUACCGGGCCGAUACAGCCCUAGUAUGAGCAGCCUGGAGCAGCCCCAGUCCCUUCACUCCAUCCCACCCUCAGCAGGCCUCUACCACAACACUCUGACCCCAAACUACUGCUGCACCCAGUGCCCUGUGGAG